CGUGGCGCACCUUAGGGUUUAUCACCACCAGGGUGCUCCGCAUUGAAAUAAAAUUCCCCUGUUCAUUCAAAUAUAAAACGAAGGAACGAUAUUUACUUGAAGUUAUUGUAAACCCUGGAGUAAGUGAUAAUAAGAGGAUCUCUUCUGUAGGUCAUUUUUGAUAUUAACUGUGUUUUAAACAAAGAUACAUAGGUUUGUGUAGGAAUACACAUCAAGGAGUGUACCAAGAAGCAUCUGCGUUCUAUUUAGAAUUCUGUGAAUUCUAUAGAGCAGACGAUAGUGAGUGUGCAGAAGUUCAGCGUUAAAGUACUAUUAAAUUAUAGAAGCAGAACUAAGACUAUUGAAAUAAUGGCAGAUCAAUUGACUGAAGAACAAAUUGCAGAAUUCAAGGAAGCUUUUUCCUUGUUUGACAAAGAUGGAGAUGGAACAAUAACAACUAAAGAGCUUGGAACUGUGAUGAGGUCACUUGGCCAAAAUCCUACUGAAGCAGAAUUACAAGAUAUGAUUAAUGAGGUUGAUGCAGAUGGAAAUGGUACUAUUGAUUUUCCUGAAUUCCUCACAAUGAUGGCAAGGAAAAUGAAGGAUACAGAUAGUGAAGAAGAAAUCAGAGAGGCCUUUAGAGUAUUUGACAAAGAUGGUAAUGGUUUUAUUAGUGCUGCUGAACUUCGCCAUGUUAUGACAAACCUUGGUGAGAAAUUAACAGAUGAAGAAGUAGAUGAAAUGAUCAGAGAAGCAGACAUUGAUGGAGAUGGACAAGUAAAUUAUGAAGAAUUUGUCACCAUGAUGACAUCAAAAUGAAAAUAAAAAAAGCCUCCUGUGAACCUUGUAAUUAAAAUGUUGAAAAUAUUUCUACUGGUGUUCUGCUUUUCAUUUUAAUAAUUCGUGUUAAGGUAGAUUUAAUACCCGUUUGGUCUUGGUGUUUUUCUUGUAAAAAAUUUUGUACCAUAUUCCACAAGCAAAACUUUUAGAUCAUCUUAAUCCAAGCUUUUUGUACAAAUUUGGUUUGUCACAAAAAAUUUUAAACUUACUGUUUUUUUUGUGUUUUUUUUUUGGGGAAGGGGGUAAUUUUGAACAAAAGAGCCUACAUUCCACAUCUUUGCAGGUUGUUUACCAGCAUAAGUUUCGAUGUAGGGCUGAAGUUCUUUCACCCUAGUCACUAGACCACUUGGAAACACUUACUUGCUCAUUUGUGUAUUAGCUAUUUGGAAGUUCAGCAGAUGUACAUUUUCACCUCUAAAAAUUUAAUGUUAAGAAGUAUCCAUACCAAUCAUCUAUUGUUGUAUCAACAUAGUUUACAAUAGAAUAUACAAUUUAUUACUUGUAUGAUUCCAUAAGUUGUUUGUGUAGUAAACACUGGUUUUGAAAUAUUUUUGAACUAUUUGCUCUUAAUUCCUAUUAUGAUGAAAAUUAUAUGAAUACAGUGUAUUCAUAUGUCAUAUUUCAUAAUUAGAUUUAGUAAAAUUAGUUAAUGAUCAUAGUUUAUGCAAAAUUUUGCAUUUUCUUUUAUUAGUGUGUUGGGAGGGUAUCUACAAAUUUAAAUUUUCUUAAGUUUUAUUGUAUUGAAAAGAAAUGUUAGAAAAAAAAAUAUAUAUAUAUAUAUAUUUGAAAAUUACAUUAUGUUGCACUAUCUCAUAAGAAGCACUUUGUAUGAGAAAUUUUAACCUUUUCUUUUUAUUGCUCUGAACAGUGGUAAUCCAAGACUAACAAUAAAGAAUUGUUACCAAAA